UGCAGGGGAGAAAAGUUGGUUACAGACUCACAGGUGGGAGAAAAGGGGUUACAACUUAUUGCUGCGCUAUUAUGCCAAUUCGCUCCCCAAAAUUGGCAAAUCCUCAUUUCUCGCCAGCAGAGACAGAUACUACGAAAAGAAAAGAAAAAAAGAAAGAGCGAGAUUGCGAAACACAACGUAGUUUGCAGAAGAAAUAAAAACCUCACUGUUUGAUGAUGCUGCUGCAGAAGCAUUCAAUUUUGAUUAUUGUGGUUGAUUGAAAGAAAGCUUAAUCCUUAUGGUGCUUUGUGGUUGUUCAUUCUGUUUCAAUUUGAGAGAUCGAAUACAGCCAUGGAUUCGCGAUUACGAUAGGCUUCAAUCAUUCGCUGUAAUCCUCAUUUACAUUCAGAUUGGAUGCGCGUUGAUUGGAUCGCUUGGAGCAUUGUACAAUGGUGUAUCGCUCAUAAAUGUUGCAAUCGCGUUGUUCGCUUUGGUUGCCAUUGAGAGUAGCAGUCAGAGCCUUGGCCGCACCUAUGCUUUCCUUCUCUUCUGCGCCAUUUUGCUCGAUAUUUCUUGGUUCAUUCUCUUCACUCACGAAAUUUGGAAUAUCUCUGAGGCGAGUUAUGCAGCAUUUUUCAUAUUUUCAGUGAAACUUACUCUGGCAAUGCAAAUUGUUGGUUUUAUAGUGAGGCUAUUUUCCUCAUUGUUAUGGAUUCAAAUAUACAGGCUGGGUGCUUCCUAUGUAGACACAGCUUCUCGAGUAGCUGAUUUUGACUUACGGAAUAGUUUUUUGAGUCCUGUGGCCCCUCCUGUAGUUAGACAAUGCUCUAAUUCCAAUGAGAUACUCGGAGGCUCUAUAUAUGAUCCAGCAUAUUACUCAUCUCUGUUUGAGGAUGGUCAAGAAAACAAAUAUACAUCUGGGAUGUGUAAUAAUGACAUUACCCAGAAUGAGUCAACAUCAGCCUCUAAUGGUUCUCAGAAGUCAUCCAAGUGCAAAUCUUUCCAGGCGGUGGAUGAAGAGAUUGUAUAAAUCAAGAUCGAACUUGUUCAAAAUUAGAGCUCAAAAAGCAUUAUUCCUACUCCUUUAUCGGGGUAUGAGUUUCUCUUUCAUUAUUCAUCAGCCUGUAUGGGAGGGUCUUGUAUCAUAUGCAUUUCUUCGCAAAUUUCUCAUGGUAAAUGUCGGAAAGAGAGGUGCCUGAUUGGUGAAUUCUAUGGUAAAAAUGGUAUCCAAAGUUUUAACUCAAAGCAGUACCUGAAUAUGCCUGAGUUGAGCUAAGGAAGCCAUUCUAGUUACGUGUCAAAAGAUUCGAGUUUCCCAUUACUGACCGAUCUGCAUAUGGUUAAGCAAUUUUGCACGCUGCAUUCUAGCUUUGCGUGCUGCAUCUAGGUGGAAAAGAUGUCUGGAAUGUAAUAUUUUGUUCUGGGUUUUCUUGUUUAGCUUUGCUUCUUUUUUUUCCAGUGAUUGAUUAGAAAGGCAGUUAGUGAAUUUGUAGAUUUUUUUUAAAACAGUAAAUCUGUAGUUACAAGGUAAAGCAGGCAAAAUAUAUUUAUUCCAUUUAUUUCCUUCUCGAAA